AUGGAUUUAACAACUGCCCUAAAUAAUGCCAAUGAUGUGCUUGAGGUGUUCAACAAUAUAAGGAUGGAUUCGGAAAUAGAAUUCGGAAGUAUUUUUGAAGACGCUGUUAAACUGGCAGAAGAUAUUGGAAGUGUAAUAGCAAUGGCAAGAACUAUUUCAUCACAAACCAAAAGAGGCAACGUUCCUGCUUCAAACGCCGAGGAAUACUUCAGGCGAACAGUAUUUUUACCUGUUGUGGAUCGUUUUAUUGCCGAGCUAGAAACAAGAUUUCCCCAAGAUUUUCGCGCCAUAUUACCACAUGAAGGUCUUAUUCCUGCAUACUGUUUAAAAUAUAGUGGGUAUGAAGUGAUCCAGGCAUCCGAGAAAUAUGAACAGUUUUUGGAGAGUUCUUCACAUUUAAUGAAAGGAGAGUUGAAACUAUGGAAGAAAAAGUGGGUUGAUGAAAGUCAAAGACCUGAAACAGUGCUGACACCCGCGUUCUUCAAGGACGACGGCGUACGGCUUUCUGCUACCUCUGCGUGGCUUCUGGCGAUUCCGGCUACAUCAAGAGGGCAGGGACGGCGACUGGUGGCCAAGAAUGGGCAGCGGGCAGCUCCAGGUGUCGACCACCGACUCCACAUACUGGGAAGCGACGGCUCCAACUGUGCGUCGUUGGCGUCGCUGCUCUAUGCGUCGUACGGGUCGUUCAUGGGAUGGCCCGCGCCGACUCUGCUCAUCCUGGAGGCGGAGGACUCGCCGGUUCCCCUGACCGCUGACGAGGGCUCGUGGCUGGCGUCCAUCAACUCGCUCACCAUGCUGGUCGCCAUAUUCGCCGCCGGGUUCGCCGUGGACCGCGUGGGCCGGAAGAAGCUGCUGCUGGCCGGCGCCGUGCCCCUCCUCAUCUGGUGGCUGAUGGUCGCCUUCGCAGAGUCCUACGGCAUGCUGCUAGCCGCGAGGUCAAUCGGCAGCCUCAGUGGAGGACUUACCAGCACCACGGCGACCAUCUACCUGUCCGAAAUCGCCGACGCCGACAUACGGGGUGCAGUCAUAACUAUUCACAUGGUGCUGAUGAACGGUGGCACUUUGCUCAUCUAUUGUCUCGCUCCUUACUUGACUAUUACAAAUACCGCUGCUAUUUGUGCAGUCUUGCCCAUUAUUUUCUUCAUCUCCUUCGUAUGGAUGCCCGAAUCACCGUACUUCCUUUUAAUACGAGGCAGGGAACAAGACGCUAUCAACACACUUUUGAAGAUAAAGGGAGAUCUCAGACCCGAAGAGCUAAAGGCAGAACUGGACAUGAUGCACGACAGCAUACGGCGGAAGCAAGAGACGAAAGGAAAACUCAAAGACCUGUUCACUGUACCAGUGCAUCGUCGGACACUGCUCAUAACAGUAGGGUUCAUUAUACUGCAAAUGUCCACCGGGGCUAUAGCACUGAUGACUUACACGAACUCCAUACUCGAAAUGAGCGGCAGUGAACUCGAUCCGAACUUGUCUUCUAUAAUGCAGGUCGCUGUCCAGCUCUUGUCGAGUGUCGGUGCGUCGCUAGUGAUUGACCGGUUCGGUCGGAAGACGCUCGCCAUGGUCUCUUUUGUAAUCUGUGGUGUGUGCGUCGCUGUUGAAGGCGCCUACUUCUACAUCAACGACGUCCAAGGAGACAUCCCUUCCGCCUUCGCCUGGGUGCCACUCGCUGCCUUGAUUGGCUUCCAUGUCUCCUUCACGUUCGGCGCAGGUUCAGUCCUCUACCCGAUAAUAGGCGAGAUAUACCACGUCUCUGUGAAGGGCGCCGCCACGUCCAUCAACACGACAGUGAUAGCGCUGUACGGUUUCUUCCUGAAGAAGAUGUUCCAGGUGGUGUCGGACAGCGUGGGCGCCUACUGGUCCUUCUGGGCCUUCUCCGUGCUGUGUGUGUGCGGCGCUGUGUACACCUACUUCCUGCUGCCCGAGACCAAGGGCAAGACGUUCGCGCAGAUCAACCAGGAAAUGGACGCUCGAUUCGGCGGAAGUAGUCGACAACUUACUGCUGAUCUCGGAAAUGUGGAAUCAAAGUGA